AUGGAUUCCUCCGCGCAGGCCCGUUUCGAUCUCAUUAAUGACAACCUCGCCGAGGUUCUCAAUCCCGAGUUGAUUGAGAGCAUUCUCAAGGAGAAUAGAUCCCCGCGCAUCUACUGGGGGACCGCUACUACUGGCCGUCCCCACCUGGGAUACUUCGUCCCAGCAAUUAAAAUUUCCCAACUCCUCGCUGCAGGAUGUGAAGUCGUCGUUCUCCUCGCCGAUGUUCACGCUUUCCUGGACUCCAUGAAGGCUCCUCUCGAACUCGUCGAGAACCGUGUCGAGUACUACCGCAAGAUUAUCAAGGCCAUGCUCGAGGCCGUCGGUGUUUCCACUGAGAAGUUGCAGUUCGUUCUCGGUAGCUCUUACCAGCGUAACUCUGACUACGUUAUGGAUGUUUACCGUCUCGCUGCUUUGACCUCCGAGCACGAUGCUCGUAAGGCUGGUGCUGAGAUCGUUAAGCAGUCUAACAAUGCUCCUCUCAGUGGUCUGCUCUACCCUAUUCUGCAGGUCCUCGAUGAGGAGUACCUUAAGGUUGAUGCUGAGCUGGGUGGUGUUGAUCAGCGCAAGCUCUUCACUGCUGCGACUGAGUGGCUUCCUAAGCUUGGAUAUCGCAAGCGUGCUCACUUGAUCACCCCCAUGAUUGCUGGACUUUCUGGUGGUAAAAUGAGCUCCAGUGUUCAAGACAGCAAGAUUGACCUCCUCGACGCUCCCGAGGCUAUCUCUAAGAAGAUCCGCAAGGCCGAGGCCGCCCCUAAAAUCCUUGAAAACAACGGCAUCAUCGCCCUGGUUGAAUUCGUCUUGCUCCCUGCGGCCGGUCUUAAGGGCAAGAAGGAGUUCAUUGUUGAGCGCCGCGAUGCCGAGCCUCUAGUUUACACUGAUAUCCAACAAGUCAAGGAAGAUUAUGUAAAUGAUGUGUUGACACCCCAAAACCUGAAGCCCGCCGUCGCCGCUGGUCUCACUGCCCUCAUGAAACCAAUCUACGAUGCCUUUGCCGCCUCCACAGAGUGGCAAGAAAUCGAAGCUAAGGCUUACCCUCCCCCACCUAAGAAGGAGAAGAAGGUCAAGAAUAAGGGCUCUCGUUACCCUGGAGCUGAUGGAGAGGCUGAGAUCGCUGAGCGCCCUAAGGCUUAA